AUGAAGAUUUACGCCCUGAAGUCUGCCGACGAUGACUCCAUCACACCGACUCUCGUCCGAUCCCUGAAGCCUCAUGGCACCCCCGUUGUUGUGCUGGCUGUCGACCGCACAAGCACCCUCCUUGCGACUGGUGGCACUGACGGUGCCAUCAAGGUCUGGGACAUUGCUGGAGGAUAUGUCACUCACACAUUCCGUGGGCCAAGCGUCCUCGUCUCUGCUCUGAAGUUCUUCGAAGUAGCGGCACGGGCCAAAGAGAGUGACACCGGGAAGAAGAGCAAGAAGGCCCGCCACGGCGAUGAGGAAGAGGAGGAGGAAGUGAAGGUUGGCACCACGCAAUUCCGCCUGAUCUCGGGUAGCCAAGACGGAAAAGUCCGGGUCUGGGAUCUCCACAAGCGCAAGACGAUCGCAAGCCUAGACUCCCAUGUCUCGGAUGUGCAGGGUCUCGAUUACUCGCCAGAACAGGAUGCCAUCGUUACAGGAUCCAGGGACAAGACCAUUAUCUGGUGGGAUGCGAGAUCCUGGAAGAUUAGGAAGGUCGUUCCUUGUCUGGAGCUCAUCGAAGCAGUUGGUUUCGUUGACGAGGGCAAGCUCACAUACUCGGCCGGCUCCAAUGGCUGUUUGAGGAUCUGGGACACUGACACAGGUCGCGAAGUGACCAAGGACCAGCCUGCUAAGGCCGAGACGGAGGGCAUCACGACUGCAAUCUACCGACCAGAGCUGCCAUUCAUUCUCUGCGUGCAAGUUGACCACACCUUGGCACUUUACCAAACGCCUACGAAGGCUUCGACAACGGAUGCUGCUCCGGAACCUUUCAGACGCAUCUCAGGAACGCACGAUGAGAUCAUUGACCUCACCUACCUGUUGCCAGAUCAUUCUAUCAUGGCACUCGGCACCAACGCCGAGGAGGUUCGCCUAGUAUCAGUUGCUGGUUCUGAGUCGAUCACUGGCGCGCAUGACUGGACAGCACAGGGAUCGCGAUACUUCGGACAAGAUGUCGGUCUGCUAAAGGGUCACGACGAUAUUGUCCUGACAAUGGAUGUCGACUGGUCUGGCCACUGGAUCGCGACUGGUGCAAAGGAUAAUUCUGCUCGGCUCUGGCGUGUCGACCCAGCCAACAGUUCCUUCACAUGCUACGCUACCUUCACUGGCCACGCCCAGUCCGUUGGUGCUGUCGGUCUGCCGAAGACCAUCCCCGCCGAGUCAUCUGCGCAGUUCAAGGAUCCGCUCAGCCACCCGCCACCCUUCCUCCUGACCGGCUCCCAGGAUAUGACGAUCAAAAAAUGGGAGAUCCCUCGUCAGCCUCAGACCAAGAAGGGUGGAUCACGGGCCUUAUUCACUAGGAAAGCGCACGAGAAGGACAUCAACGCCAUUGAUGUGCACCCCAAUGGUCAUUUGUUCGCUACAGCAUCACAGGACAAGACUGUCAAGAUUUGGUCGGUGAAGGAGGGCGAAGUCCAAGGCAUUCUCAAGGGCCAUCGCCGAGGUGUCUGGUCUGUCAAGUUUGCGCCCGAACACACCCCCACCAUUCAAGGUGACGAGGGCCCGGUAGCCGGCAAGGGUGUCAUUCUUACGGGCAGCGGUGACAAGACGGCCAAGCUGUGGAGUCUGUCGAGCUACACCUGCGUCAGGACGUUUGAAGGCCACUCUAACAGUAUUCUGAAGGUGGCGUGGCUCAACGUGCCCAGGCCCGAGGAAAAGAAGCGCAAGCAGAUACUCUUCGCGACUGCAGCCGGUGAUGGCCUUGUCAAGGUGUGGGAUGCUCAGUCGGGAGAGACGGAAUGUACACUGGACAAUCACAUUGACAGGGUAUGGGCUCUGGCGGUGCACCCAGAGACCAACGCCAUCGUCUCUGGCAGUGGUGACUCUACAGUCUGUUUCUGGAAAGACACGAGCUCUGAGACGCAGGAGGAGGCCACCAAGGCCGCGCUGCAACUCAUUGAGCAGGAGCAGGAGCUUGAGAACCACAUCCAUGCCGGCUCCUACCGAGAGGCCAUCAUCCUGACGCUUCAGCUCAACCAUCCCGGCCGACUCCUCAGCCUCUUCACCUCUGUUGUAACAUCAAACAAGCCCGACGCGGACAGCCUGUGCGGCUCCAAGGCUGUAGACCAGGUGCUGGCGACCCUUUCCGACGAACAGAUCUUCCUGCUCCUGUUGAGGCUGCGCGACUGGAAUACCAACGCCAGGACGGCACCCGUCGCGCAAAGGAUCUUGUCGACGCUGGUGAAGAGCUACCCGGCAUCGAAGCUCUCGAACCUGUCUGUCAAGGGUGCGCGCGGCCAGAGGAGUCUGAAGGAGGUCCUGAAUGCGCUCAAGGUAUACACUGAGAGGCAUUACAAGAGGAUGGAUGAGCUUGUGGACGAGAGUUAUUUGGUGGAAUAUACCCUGCAGGAGAUGGACAACCUAGCCCCUGCUCUGGAUGAUCUGGUUUUGCGCGAGGCGGGUGACGAGAAGGAUGUCGUCAUGGCGUAG